AUGGCUGAGGGAGACUACAACGCAGUUCGAGAGGCUAUUGCUGACAUUCUCGACAACGACGACUACGACGACGGAUCCAUUGGACCCGUGCUUGUCCGACUAGCAUGGCACGCGUCGGGCACCUACGACAAGGCCACUGGAACCGGAGGCUCCAACGGUGCCACCAUGCGAUACAUGAAGGAGGCCAAGGACGAGGCCAACAACGGUCUGGAGAACGCCCGACAGUUCCUCGAGCCCAUCAAGGCCAAGUUCCCCUGGAUCACCUACGCCGAUCUGUGGACUCUGGCUGGCGUUGUGGCUAUCGAGGAGAUGGACGGCCCCAAGGUCCCCUGGAAGCCCGGCCGACAGGACUACGUCGACGAGACCAACGUUCCCCCUAACGGACGACUCCCCGACGGAGCCCAGGGCCAGGACCACCUUCGAGACAUCUUCUACCGAAUGGGUUUCAACGACCAGGAGAUUGUGGCUCUCUGCGGCGCACACAACAUGGGCCGAUGCCACAUGGACCGAUCCGGUUUUGAGGGCGCCUGGGUGCCCAACCCCAUCCGAUUCGCCAACACCUACUUCAAGCUGCUGAUGAACGAGGAGUGGAAGCUCACCACUCUCAAGAACGGCGUCAAGCAGUACUUUAACGAGGACGAGGAGCUCAUGAUGCUGCCCGCCGACUACUCGCUCAUGCAGGACCCCGAGUUCCACAAGUGGGUUGAGAUCUACGCCGCCGACAAGGAAAAGUUCUUUGAGGACUUCUCCAAGGUCUUCGCCAAGCUCAUUGAGCUCGGUGUUCGACGAGGUCCCGACGGCAAGGCCAAGACCAACUUCAUUGAUCGAAACAACAACGAUCCUAACCCUCGACUUUAG